CAUUUCUGUUUCAGUUCCAUUGAAAGGCCCUAGUCUGGAACUGAUGGAUUACCCAGGACACGGCAAGGCUAAGCUGGUGUGGAAGGAGAUUCCACGGGAAAUGCGUCAAGGCUUCAUCACAAACUACACCAUUUUCUUCAGAAGUGGGGAUAGAGUCAGCGCGGUAACGGUGCCGGGUAACACCACCUCGUACACGCUGACGCAGCUGUUACACAACACCAGGUAUGACGUGUGGAUGCAGGCUUCGACCGUCCGAGGACCGUCAAGGAACGGCAGGGUCCACUCGUUCACCACAACCAGAUGCGAGAGGGACAGUACAAGUACAAGCCCGGCACCACCGCCGUCCUGACCAGCACUGAGACCCGUCUCUCUCUGGACGUGGUGGAUGAAUCUGUUCAGACGAUGGACACUCAGUGAUAAACCAAAUGUUCUCCCUGGAAUGUUUCCCAAGCAUUCAACGAGAUGAACAUACUGAUAAAAAGUUGGGAAAUCAUUGUUACUAACACAAUGAUUGUUUGAUGAUCAUUUAAAUUUCAUUGCACCUGGAUUUUAUAUCUUUUUCUGGAUAAACAGCAGCAGCAUAAUCAUAGCUUUGAUUUUACAAACUAUUAAAACAAAUU